CGGCGCCCACAAUAAACCGCCAAGUCCGCUUUCGGAGACACCCGCCGCGCUUUUCCAACGCCUCCCUCGUCGAGCGAAAGUGUCGUUCUGCGGCCGGGGCGCCAGCGACUCGGCGAGGCGGAAGAAGGCCGUCGGGAGGCGGAGGAGACGACGUUUUGAGCGCCAAGUUGAAUCGCCUCCUCCCCGCUUGACGCGUCCGAGGCGCGCCCGCCCGCUCGCCAGCUGCCCGCUCAUUGCGACCCGCCGCCGGCCUGCUGCCGCCACGCACCCUCCGAGCUCCCCCGAGACGACGAAAGCCGCGAAGUUGAUCGAUGCACCCAUGAAUUGAUCCUGUUCGUGAUCGGCUUUUCGAUGCACCCAUGAAUUGAUCCUGUUCAUGAUCGACUUUGACCGCGAGUGAACUUCAAGACAAGCAUCUUGAGGUUUGCUCCCCCGAAGAGAGACAGCCUUGCGAGGAGAAUGCUGGGCAGUCGGGAAGAAACUGAAGAAGAAGCCGAGUGUGCUGCUCCCGGGGCGGCCAACGUGAAGUCGACGAGGCCGAGGAAGAGGAAGGCAGAUGUUGCCAUUUAUCUCCACGAUGUGGACCAGGACGUGGGAGACACGACCAAGAAGAAGAAGCAGCGAGAGUGUGAGGCAUCGUGGUCGUCGUCCGAGGACGACUGCGCGUACGCGAGUCCUCGGCGGUGGACGUCCACGCUGGAGCACGACGACGCGCGUCGGCAGCAGAUCACGUUGAUCAACGCCGGCUUCCCUCACUACAACUUGACAAACGUCUUCGCGACACCCGUGCGCUCUGCGCCGCUGCCCACGUUAUGUUGGGCAUGUAAGGACGCGGUGUGGAACAACAUGUUGGCCAAAGACCGGACGUACGUGCGCAACGUCAACAUGAUGGACAAGCAUCCUCACCUUCAGCCCAAGAUGAGGGCCAUUCUGCUCGACUGGCUCAUGGAGGUGAGCGAAGUCUACAAGCUGCACCGCGAGACGUACCACCUGGCUCAGGACUACUUUGACCGCUUCAUGGCCACGCAGACUAACGUCUUCAAGUCCAUGCUGCAGCUCAUCGGCAUCAGCUGCCUCUUCAUCGCGGCCAAGUUCGAGGAGAUGUACCCUCCCAAAGUGCACGAGUUCGCCUACGUGACGGACCAGGCCUGCACCGAGGACGAGAUCCUCAGCAUGGAGAUCAUCAUCAUGAAGGAGCUGAAGUGGAGUUUGAGUCCGCAGACGCCCGUGUCCUGGCUCAACGUCUACAUGCAGGUGGCCUACCUCAAGGAGUCGGACCGCCCGCUCAUCCCCAAAUACCCUCAGGACACCUUUGCCCACAUCGCCGAGCUUCUGGACGUGUGCAUGCUCGACAUGCGCUGCCUGGAGUUCUCCAACGGCGUCCUGGCCGCUUCGGCCCUCUUCCACUUCUCAUCUUUGGAGCUCGUGGAGAACGUGUCGGCGUUGAAGCGGGCGGAGCUGGAGGAGUGCGUGCGGUGGAUGGUGCCGUUCGCCGUGGCGCUGCGCGAGUCGGGCGGCUCGCCCGUGAAGACGUUUGCGGGAGUGGCUGCCGAGGACAUGCAUAACAUCCAGACGCACGCCCCCUACCUGACGUGGAUGGAGAAGGCGUCGUCCUACCCGGACUCGGACCUGGAGCGCCACCGCGACUGCCGGGUGCCGUACGGCGUCCUCACGCCGCCUCUGAGCAGCGAGAAGGCCGACGACGACGACGAAGGGGACGCGGCGCCCCCCGCCGAGCCGCAAGUGCGAGCCAGGGUGUGCGCGGCCGAAUGGACGCAAACCCUGUAGAAUCAGAACCCUUUUUUUUUUUUUUUUUUUUUUUUUUUUUUUUCUUCCCCCUGCUGGAAUUUAUCAUUUUUAAGGAAUUUUUUUUUUUCAUGCCAAUUCAGGACAUUUUUUUAAUUUAAGAUAAGUGUCUUUUUUUUUUUUUUUUUUUUAAAUUUUCUUAAAAAAAAACAAAAAUUGGAGAGUCCACGGACUGAUCCUGGAGUCUCGAGAGACUCCUUGCUGCUACACGGCCGGCGGGCUUUGCAUCAAUGUGUGUGUGAGAGAGAGCGAGCGUGACAGUUGACUCGGCGAAGGAAUCCGAGUGAGCCCGAGCUUGAGAAGCUCAACUACACUACUCACAAAAGUCGGGAAAGGGGGGCAGGGGGAGACCCCCACCUUUGAACUCUCUGGUUUUGUGAGCAAGUAGUGUACAUUGCCUGUAUUUAACAAAGACUUUAAAAGGUCCCCACCCUGAAAGCUAACAACCACCCCCAAAAUGUCUUGUGUGACUUUUUAAAUACAAAUAAAUGCUGCUACAUAUUUUUCAUUAAAGAUGUUUGUCAAGAUGCUCGUCU